AAAAAAAAGGGGGCAGCUUGGAGGGAGCAUGGACACCGCCGCCGCCGCCAUGGCCACCGGCGGCGGGGAGGAGGACCAGGCGCGCAUGGAGGCCAUCACCGACAACCUCCAGACCCGGGACGCGUUGCGGCUCUACAACUGGGUGUCGCACCGGUGCUUCUCCGACUGCGUCACCACCUUCUACCGCCGCGCCCUCGGCAAGACGGAGGAGGACUGCGUCCACGCCUGCGUCCGCAAGUUCCUCCUCCUCUCCACCGCCUCCGCCUCCCGCUUCGCCCACCUCGCCGCCGCCGCCGCCGACGACGACUGACCAAUGGUUUAUUCUUGCACUCCACACUUCAGAGAAAGAACCAAAAAAAGGACGAGUUUUGCAGUAUGAUACGGCACCUUCUAGCGACGAAUUCAGUGCUGUUCCGGAUUUUUGGAUCUUUUAUUGGGAGAUGUCAACACAAACGAAAUCUCAGUUUUAGUGCUAUCUCUGUCAUUUUGAUAUCUGAAUCCAGUAGCUGAUGCUCCUCAAAACUUUUAGUGCCCUCCCACUCCAGUUCGUCCUGUUUUAUGGUUGAUCUAGGCGUCUGUCUGGCCCUGAUGAUACACUGCACAAUGAUCUUGUGAGACUACUAUCAAUGUUAAAAACGUAUGUACAUAUUUUUUCGAAAUUGGUAUAAGGGCGAAAUAAACUCAUGCUUAAUGAGUUGAGAGUUGUCGUAAUCCAGAAGCGGGUA